CCCGCUUAUUUUUUAUAAGCCAAUUUCCCUUUCUGGGACCUCGUGGCCCAUCCCGUCUAUUGUAAUCCGUCUCUCCCACCCUCGCUGCCCACCUAAUUCAGACGAAUCCUGGUUCUCAUCCAAAGUCCCAUGUACUGCUUUCUCCACCCCGCUCGCCCCUCUGACAAAACUUUACUCGAAAGACCAGAGCAAAGCAGCCCUUCUACUACGUGGAGAGCGGAAGAGGUGGGAGGAGAGACAUCAAGGGGGUCUUAACGAUGACUGAUGGACCCCAGACUCCGGCUUUCAGCUGCACUAGUGACGGCGGCGGCGGCGGCAACACAGCAGCAGCAGUGUAAGAAUAACGGAGCCCGACAGUUGCGUGCCUAUGGGGCUCGAGGGACGGAGGCUUCCGAGCAGCCCUCCCAGCUGUCCCUUCCGGAUUGCGCUCCGGGUGCCCCGGGACCAGGUAGCCCAGGGAGCGGCGAGCCAGUGCAGGGUCACCGCGACUUCUCCCUGGGAAACGGACUCGUUGGCCGAGGAAUGAGCGCAGCUCGAGGUCUUUCUUAUGGUUCCUGGUGACUACACAUCCUCCCACGCUUGCUCAUUACAGCAGUUAGUGCUUCACAGAGGUCCUGCAAUGGACAUUUACUGCAAGCUCUAGUUCCAAAACAGAAUCCAGGAAAUAUUUCUGACCAAGAGCUGGAUGAACAAGAAGUUCAAGGGGGGGUACUAAAGAGAGGAAAAGAAGCCCAUAAAAGAUGAGAAAAGCUGAAUGCUUGCCAAACAUAUUUAGGAAAAUUAUGGAUAGGCACCAAAUGUCCCAUUUACAUUGUAUGAACACUCUCCUUUUGGUGCUUAUUUGGACUGGCAUUGCAACGGCACAGAAGGACUGCACAGGUGUGGAGUGUAAGCAGCCAGAAAAUUGCAUUGAAGAAGUUCUAGAACCUGGAGAAUGCUGUGCCUCUUGUCUGCAGCAUGGCUGCACUUGCGAAGGAUACCAGUACUAUGACUGUGUGAAUGUGGGCUUUAUCAAUGGAAAAGUGCCUGAAGGACAGUCCUACUUGGUCGACUUUGGAAGCACUGAAUGUUCUUGUCCCAAAGGUGGGGGUAAAAUCAGCUGCCAGUUUAUGUUAUGCCCAGACCUUCCACAAAACUGCAUUGAUGCUGUUCUACCAGCAGAUGGAUGUCCCCAAUGUGGAAGAAUAGGCUGUGUCCACGAAGACCAGAAAUAUGCUGCAGGACAUACAUUCCACAUGCCUACGUGCAAAGUGUGUCAUUGCCCUAAUUCUGGCGGUGACCUCAUGUGCUAUCAACUCCCAGAUUGCAAUGAAUCCAUGUUAACCUCCCCUAAUCCAUCUGAUACCGUGGAACUAGAACAGCACUACGAUGAUCCCUACAGUUACGACCAAGGGGCACCAGAAGGAGAUGCCACUCAGGUGGAGCCACCCAAAAAGAAAAAGUUCUACAGUUAUUCAGCACAUAUGGAGCAAGAGAGCACAGGCCAAGAACAAAGUGAGGAUUAUGACUACCUUGCAAGCAGUGUUACUCCCCCUUCACUGACUCAGUCUAUUUCAGACCCAGCAAGGCAGCAACAAACAAGCACAGAUAUUCCUCUCCUAAACCAUCCAGAAAAAAGGAGCAACAAUGCAAAUAGCAAGGUCAGGAUGAAUACAAGCACACUAUCAACAACCAAAGUACCACAAAGAUAUAAGAUGACCACCACAAAUAGUAUUUUAAAGGAAGAAGUCGUGGCAACCACUGAGACGGCCUGGAAUGCGGCAGAAGUCGAGAGACAAAACGCGAUCAGCCAUGAGAGAAUUGAGCAAGGAGAAACUUCCCAUUUUAGGAUCAAACUGAACGUGAAGAAAGACCAGAUAUCAAAAGUACCCAAAUUAUUGGAUUUCAAGGAAUCCAAAGGAGAUAACUUCCCUGAAGUCAAAUUUAACCCAACGCCUUCAUCGCUGAUUGCCCUGAAAGAAGAUCACAAUUGGAUAGCCCCCAAACAAUCUCAAACACUUUAUCAUUACCAGCCUGAUGAAGAUGUGGAUCCCAACUCUGUUCACACAACCUCCAAAUUGUCAGCAGCUUUGCAGACUCCCAAAACAAGAUAUCAUAAGAACGUUUCCUCCUAUGGAGAAGUAGAGACAGCCAAUUCAGCAAAAGAUUUAAUUGAAACUUGCUGUGGUGCUGGACAACAAUGGGCCAUUGAUAACAAUGAAUGUAUGGAAAUUCCAGUAAGCAGAACAGGUGGUGAUAUUUGCAGAAUUGCUCAAAAGCAGUGCUGUGUCUCGUACUUAAAGGAGAAUAGCUGCAUUGCUGGCAUGAUUGCUGCCAGAGAAGGUGAUUUGUGUGGAUCAGAUGAAAGCGACACCUGUGGAGGAUCAUUUUAUAAGGCAAGAAUCUAUGUGGCAUCCUUGCUAAUACAAACCAGCUUACACUUGGACCAUUUUAAACCUUUGGUGUGGGUUUUUUUUUUUUUUUUACUUAGUUGCAGAGCAUCAUGGGUAGGAAAUAAUUUUUAAAAGUUACUUAGCUAAGCAGUUUGGCUGUUUGCCUCUAUUUCAGAGCUUAGGCCAGAUGUACAUUUUAUCUAGCUGAUAAGAAUUUAAUUAGUGCUUUGCUUAAGCAGUCUGUCUCCACUAUUCUAGUUAACAGCGUGACAGGAUUUUUUUUAAAAAAACAACACGAUCACAUUAUAGAUAAAUUGUUGAGUUCCACAUGUGGUUAGACAUAUAUAUUGGCUUAAAAGUAAACUUAGCAAUUAACCUGAUUUAAACUUUAAAAAUAUUUUAUCUGAUUAUAUUAUUCUUUGUAAAGGUGGUGUCUGGCAAAACCUGCAAUACAGCUUAGUUACUGCAUCGCAAGGUCUGAUUUCUUACGUGUGAAACCUUUUCUUCCAGAUCUUAACCAUAUUUAAGAUUUCAAAAUUAAUACUGAGCACAGAAUAAUUUUGAUUGAUUACAUACCAUGAAAUUGAUAUUGACUCUUAGUGACCAUAUAUAUAUAUUUUUUUCCCCUGAAGAUUUGUUCCUGGUCCUUAAGAUCUUGCAAUGGUGACCCUUUGAGAGCUGUAUGCAAUGAAAUUUCAUUUU